CCCUAUUUCCCGGCUGCCCUCAGGGACGCAGUCAGUGCCAGUGAUUGGAUUUCCAUAUCUGAGUCUCCCUGUGCGUCUGCCUCUGUAUGCGCUUUCCUUCGGGUGGUGGUUUACCCUUUGCCUUUCCUCUUGUUCGCAGGCGAGCGAGCAGGGCGUGGUGUGAUUGGCUGCAGACUGCACAGAUCAGCCCCAGCGCCGAGUCUCGCACUCACUCGCACACCCCACAAAAAAACUUCACCCGCGCUGCGCCUGCACCAGUCCAGGAGAGGAGUGCGCAUCGGGAGCAGCACCUUCGCCUCUCGUCAAGAAACAACUUGCUCAGCAGGGGGAAUAAACGCCAUCAGUGCCAGCGCCGGGGAGAACGGGCGGUUUAUUUCCUCCGCCCCACUUUUUAUCUUUUCUUCUUAUUUUCUUUUUUCCCUUCUUUAUUUUGCCCCCCCAGAAAGAGGAAAGCCCGCCUGUGUUUCUUUAGCACAGCCUCAUCUGCACGUCUUGCUGCCGGAGUCUCUCCUGGCCGAAGCAAGCUGCGCUGGGGUCCCUGGCCUAUUCCUGCCUGCUGGCCAGGACUCAGGGGACGCCGGAGCCUACCUGGCGAGCUCGGAGGGGCAGGAUGGAGGCGUCUAUCCGCUGGGUGCUGUGCCUGUGCCUGGGCUGGGGCUGCCUGUGCCUGGCUCUAGGGGAUGCGCUGAAGGAUCGCUGGGUCGGGCUGCGGCGGCGCACAACCCUGGGAGCUGUGCGGCGCGGCCGGGCCAGAGCCGCUGCAGGUGACUGUGGCCCACGGCAUGCAGAGGAGCAGCUGCAGCCGCGGGACAAGGUCUCGGAGCACAUGCUGAGGCUCUACGACCAGUACAGCGCAGGACGAGCGGUGGAGCAGCCCCAGGACUUGCUGGGUCUGCCCCUCCGCCACGGCAACACGGUGCGAGGCUUCCGCCCUCUGCCCGCAGGGAGCCCUGAAAGCCAGAAGAUGUAUGUUUUUAACUUGACAUCCCUCACAGAGUCUGAAAAUGUCUUGUCAGCUUCAGUAUAUUAUUAUACUGGUGAUUUGCUGCAUGUGAAGUGGAACUGUUCUGGGUCCAGAGACUGUUCUCAUCACAGGCACAGGAAACCUGAAAUGCAGAUACAUCUUUCAGUCUGGACCUUACCUUCUGUGGGGAACAAGACUUGGACCCUAGGACAUUUCCUCAUCAAUGUCUCCAUAGCUCACCAGGACACCUUUUCCUGGCAGAGAAAGGAUAUCACUCAGCUCCUGCAUGGAGCAAAACAAAACAAUGAACUACUGAUAGGUGUCAAAAUGGAUCUGAGCAACCAUCGCCCCUGGGAACGAGCACCUUCUCUCUAUGAACCCUACAUUCUGAUUUAUGCCAAUGAUUCUGCAAUUUCAGAGCCAGAGAGUGUCAUCUCUAGUUUGCAAGGGCACCAUCAUCUUCUGGCGAGGGUCCUUCCCAGGCCAGAAAACCACGUGAGGAGCAGCCUUGGGAAGUGGCGACAAAAACGCUCCACAAACAUCCUCUUGCCAUUGCAGAAUAAUGAGCUUCCAGGAGCCGAGUACCAGUACAAUGAGGAUGAGAGAUGGGAGGACAGAAAACCCUACAGAAGCCUCCAGCCACAGCUGUCAGACAGGGCAAAGAGUAAGAAAAAGCAGAGGAAGAAUCCUCACCAGAAGAGCCAGGCCCUUCAAUUCAAUGAGCAAACGCUGAAGAAGGCGAGGAGGAAGCAGUGGAAUGAGCCCCGGUAUUGCACCCGGCGUUAUCUCAAGGUGGAUUUUGCAGACAUUGGCUGGAACGAGUGGAUUAUUUCCCCAAAAUCCUUUGACGCCUAUUACUGCUCAGGGGAAUGCCAAUUCCCAAUUUCAAAGGCCUUGAAGCCAUCCAACCAUGCCACCAUCCAGAGCAUAGUGAGAGCCGUCGGUGUCGUCCCAGGCAUUCCUGAGCCUUGCUGCAUUCCCGACAAAAUGUCUUCUCUUAGUAUCUUAUUCUUUGAUGAAAAUAAAAAUGUGGUUCUUAAGGUGUACCCCAACAUGACAGUGGAGUCCUGUGCAUGCAGAUAACGUCUCAGGAGACCCUUUUGAAAUGCUGAGAUGAUCACUUGCUGCUGCGGAGGGCAGAAUGGGCUGGGGAGUGUUUCGCAGUAUGUACUUUUUGUUUGCGCUGCCAGUGCAUUUUGUUUGGACAAAGAGAAAAACAAUGUAAGGAAAUCCAAACACUGAGGAUGGAAAUGGAAUGGCAAUUCCAAGGAAAGAGAACACAGACUUCAUUCAUCUUGAAUUUGACCAAGACACGAGUCUUGGGAAUGGGAACUUACUGUCUCUGUUGAAAUCCAAAGAUGGAAGAGGAAUUUGCAGAAGACUCUUCAAGAUUUUUGAGACUGUCAGAAGGACAUCUUGAUUUAUUUUUGUACAAGGUGCUGGAAGCAGCAGCAGUAGCUCUUGAUUUUUGUCUCUGUUCUUACGGUGACUAAAGGGGAGAGAAAUUCAAAAUAUACUGGUCUGGAUUUUAAAGCUAAGCUUUCUGCCGUAGGUUAUUGAGUAGUGCAGCAAGGAGGAAAAACAAAUCCGAUAUCCUAAGAGCCUUAGGUAUACAGCUUAAGAUGUAUUUGAAUUAAUAUACACUGACUAAAUGUGUGUAUUUGUUUUCCUAGUUCAGCCUGUUAGAUCUUGUUGCCCCCAGUCAGAAGAACAUAAAAUGCAUUAUGGCUGCCUGCACAAUUGGGGUAUCUCAAAAGCACCACAUCUUCCAGAAACCAGAAUUGUCUUCCAUGGUGCUCCGGAAGCGGUGUGCCAAGGGUGUGAAUGUAUCCCACUCAGUGAAGUGGCCGAGGGACUUGUUCUAGAACACAGUUGCAAAUAAUCUGUGAGUAAAUCAUGCCAGGCAAUUCCUGACGUGAAAUUAUUUGGUCCGUAAUUCUUAACCUGUAGGCCUUAGCUACGAUUAUUUGACCAAAAUUGCCUCUGUUUUGAUGGUUACAUGAAUCAGUAGAUGUUUUUUUUUCUUUUUUCCUUAUCUCAGUUCACUUCUCUGAAAAUCAAAUUGUCCAUACUUAUGCUGUCAAUUUAAGGUUUUCUUCUAAAACAUCAUUUGAGAAACUACAACCAGGAAAGAAAACAUCUAAUUGAUCUCAGGCACAGCUGCAAAGAGUUUGUUCUGUUACAGAGUAAAUGCUCACAGAAGUACUUUAGACAGAAUCCCGGUUCUCUUUCCAGCAGCACGAUCUGCUUUUGAAAGCACUUUUGGCUGGUGAGAGCAAUGCUUCAGUUUGCAAUGAGUAAAUGUUAACCAGCGUUAUCUUAAGUUACCAUCAUAACGGACUCUCUGAAAUAGCAUGUUUAGAGGGCAAAUAUUCAGAGGGAAUAAAUCAAUUCUCUAUCACCACGAGAGUUAAAUUCUCUACUUGGGAGUAAGCAAUUCCUCAGUAGAUUGAAAAUGACAACAGGAAAUGCCUUUUUGCAUCUUCACUGCUAUUGGAGGCCAGUUUAAGGACUUCGUCAUUGAUUUCUGUAUGUGGCCACUGGUGCUGUCAUGUUUACUAACCUGAGUAAUAUAAUAUGCAUGUGCAAAACCACGCACUAAGUGUGAAACUGUGUAGGUUCAUUUGAUCCACUUCCAUAUGCAGGAGAAAAGUCAUAUUCUCUGUGCAAAUCGACUUAAAUCUUUGCAAAUAGACUUAAAAACAGGAGGAAAAAAAUCUGUGCUUUUCUUCUGGCUAAGCAGACAGUUGCAGGCAACCACGAGCUUUUCAUAGCUGUGUCUUGGUAAUGGAAAAGAACCGGCUUACCUGUCUGUUGCAGGGCUACGUGAGCCGCUGUCUUUAAGGACAGGCAAAAGAAGUGAUGUACACCACAGGCUGCCCUGUGCCACUGGCUAAGCUGGAAGCAGGCCGGGAUUUUCAAUAGUCAUUAGGCCUGGCAAGCAAAACCAGAAGCAGCAGUUUGGAAUAGCUGUUCUUUGUGAGAGCUGCACAGAUAAGUCCAUCAUUUUUAACAGUUCAGCAUGACAAUGGCUGCUUUUAAAACACAGAAGCUCAAACAGUAAACCAGCUAAGCCUAAUCUUCAGUUUGUAGAGAGCUUGUUGCAAAACAGCUUUUAUAGAGCUUGACAAGGCAACCUCACCUUUGUGCAAUAUGUUGUUUCUUUGCUCAUGGUGAGCUGGCUGGUUGGUGGUAAGUAGCUGUUACUGCCAAAAUCGUUUCCUUCACAGUGUUUUGGAGGCUCUUGAGGUGUCCCGAGUAGAAAGGUGGGAACUGCUCUGCAGCCCUCAAGGUCUGGAUUUCUCCCCGCAUCACCCAGUGCUAGGAUUACAGAAUGGUCUUUCCUUUAGAGUAGCACCGGACUCCACCUUCCCCAGUGCAGCGCAGCCAGCGGAGGCAGCUUUGUGACUCCCCACGGCAGGGCUGGGGAGGACCUUAUCCCACUGCAGAUGAGACUGGUGCUUCAGAGAAGGAUAGUGGGCCCCCCAGGAAAAAGCUGGGGUACGUGGACCCUGCAAGGUAAGGAGCUUCCCACUCGCUGUAGAUGAAUUGGAGCAGCUGGCUCUUGAGCAGAAGAUGGGGACUGAGCCAAGCCCACCUCAGCCUGUGAAUGGUGUCUGGCAUGAGCAGUGCCAGGAACUGAGCUCCUCAGAGGAAAAUGCGGAGUUCAGAUGUGCCCUGGCCCACCACUUGGAUGGUAGUGGAGUUCCUCAGACCAGAACAGGGUGUUUGCAGCCAAGCUUCCCAACGUCUGAUCUCUGGAGCAGAGGCACUAACUAAAUACAGGUAGUGUAUAUAAAUUCGUACUAGUAGGGACUUCAAAACGAUUCCCAACUCGUGUUGUUAAUCACCAUUUUCAUCUCAAAUCAGCACUGGGGGUGGGGGAAGCUUUUCCCACAUGUUCUGCUGUUUGAAAUACUGUUCCUCAAUAAAUGGCUCUGCUUCCCAUCUAAUUACAUGGUAUCUGAUGCCUGCAUGUUAUUUUAAUGGCUGGCUCAUAAGAUGGGCAGGAGAAUGUCUCGAACUAUGCAUGGUCUCUCUUCAGAUAGGCUCUUUGGGAAGCAAAGUCCCCAGUGAGGAUCAGACCAUAGGAGGCUGCUGCAGAAAGCUCUUGAAAAUCCCACCCUUGGAGGCUGAAUUUGGAAUCUCAUGGAAACCUCUCCUCUGUUUGGAACAGAUUCACUCUGAAAUUAGUGGUGUGAUAAUAGGGCCAGAAGAAAAGAAAAAAGAGGAAAUACGCCUGAAUUGGAGAGGGAUGGUUCACAGGAUUCUGAUUCUUUGAUUGUUUCUCAGCAAACUGCCUAUCACACUUAGAACUGCUUGAGAGUUCUUGCAGUUUAGAUGUGUGUGCUACUUCUAUCAUGCUAGUUUCCAAAUUAAGGAAAUGGGAUAUAAAUAUUAUUCAAGUUUGUGAAUUUUAUAAAGCUUGUGCUAUUUUAUAAAUCGCUCCAAUAAUAUUGUCAGACUGUUAGUGAUUAGGUAACACAAACUUGGGCUCACAGAACUUCAGUAUCCUGACUAGGAAAAAGAGUAAACAGCCGAAAAUAAACCUCAAGUAAGACUCUCAUUUGUUUUUCCCCUUGGCUAACCUUCAGAGUACUGGAAACCUGGAUUUUGGCCAGUGGUUUAUUGAUUAAGGGCUCAAGUGUCAAGUUAAGAACUUUUGAAGUUUGGUUUGCAAGAAUUGUUAUGAAGGUAUUGUAAUUGUAGUCUUGUAAUUAUAGACUGUAAGUUUUUCUUUUAAUGAACAGGGAGGAAAGUUGUUCCAUACAAACUAAAGGGCAUUUUAUCCUUUCCAUUGCCAACAUAAAUCUGUGGUGUUCAUUACACCAUAGCUUAAACUUCAUCUGCCACUGUCUUUGAUAUUCACCUUGUCCUUUUUGGAUGAUUUUUGUGUGAUGGAGAAGAACAUGAUCUACUGAAGUGGAAAGUAAGCUUCACUUUGCAGAAAAGAAUCCUGGAGUCCAAAUAGAAAAGUUGAACAUGAGGCAGCAGUGUGCCCUUACAGGAAUAAAGGCAAAGAGGGCUGCGACGAGAAAGAGUGACAGGAAUAGGGAGAAAAGUGAUUAUUCUUCUCUACUGGGCACUUGUGAGAUUUCAUCUAGAGUACAAUGCCUAGUUCGGAGGUUCAAACUAUAACAUAGAUAUUGACAGACAGGAGCAAGUCCAGGGGAGGGCAGCCAAGAUGUUUAGGAGGGUGAACCACAUGGUGUGUAUGUUUUCAGCCUCUGCCUAUACUAUGUCAUCAAUUUAUCUCUUCCCAAGUGCAGAACUUUGUAUUUGCCUUUGUUGAACUAGAAGAGGUUUGUGGCAACCCAUUAUGUUUAGCUCUUCUGCUUCUUGAGCUUUUUCUGAAUGUUAGCUCAGCCCUUCACCAUAUCAACUGCUUGCCUCAUUUUAGUGUCAGCUGGAAAACUGCUGAAGGUGCAUCUUAUUCCAUCCUGUUAACACUCUCUGUCCAUACUGUUAAUGAAAGCAUUGCAUAUUCAUGAGCUAUUAUGCUGUCUUAAAAAAGAAAAGGCUAAAGACAGAAUAUUAUGGGUCAUCGAUCUCUCUUAUUUUUCCAUUAUAGUGUGAUAAUUCAUGUAUAUAUGGAGCUUAAAAAAAUUAAAUGCUUACUAAAUAUUAUAAGGGAUCCAGAUUAGGGGGUCAGUCCUGUCAAGGUUGUUUUUUUUCCAAGAGUCCAGAUGUUAGCAGGGAGAAUUUCUUCCCACCUC